AUUUCUAUUUUGAUUAAUUUAAUUGUUUUAAUAAUUAUAGUUUUAAUUAGAGUAGCAUUUUUAACUUUGUUAGAGCGAAAAAUUUUAGGUUAUAUUCAGGAUCGAAAGGGGCCAAAUAAAAUAUUAUUUUUAGGAUUGUUUCAGCCUUUUAGAGAUGCAUUAAAAUUAUUAUCUAAGGAGUGAUAUUUUUUUAAUUAUUCAAAUUUAUAUAUUUAUAGACCAAUAAUAAUAUUUUUUUUAUCUUUAACAUUAUGAAUUUUAUAUCCUUGAAUUUAUUCAUUAUAUAAAUUAAAUUAUAGAAUUUUAUUUAUAAUGUUAAUUUUAGGGAUGGGAGUGUAUCCUGUAUUAUUUAUUGGUUGAAUUUCAAAUUGUAAUUAUUCUAUUUUAGGAUCUAUACGGUUGGUUGCUACAAUAAUUUCUUUUGAAAUUAAUUUAUUUUUUAUAGUUUUUAGUUUAAUAAUGUUAGUUGAAAGAUAUUCAUUUUUUGAAUUUAUAAAUUAUCAAGGUAUAAUUAAAUUUUCAAUUUUAUUGUAUCCAUUAUAUUUAUUAAUAUUUAUUAGAAUAUUAAUUGAAUUGAAUCGUACUCCAUUUGAUUUAAUUGAAGGAGAAUCUGAAUUAGUUUCUGGAUUUAAUGUAGAAUAUUAUAGAGGAAUGUUUGUAUUAAUUUUUUUAUCUGAAUAUAUAAAUAUUAUAUUUAUAAGAAUAAUUUUAACAGUAAUAUUUUAUGGAUUUGAAUUUUGAUCAUUAAAAUUUAUUGUAACUUAUAUUUUUCAUAUUUGUUUAAUUAUUUGAAUUCGUGGAAUUUUACCUCGAAUUCGAUUUGAUAAAUUGAUAUAUAUAUGUUGAACAGAAAUAUUAAUAUUGGUUAUAUUAUAUAUAAUAUAUUUAUAUUUAAUAAAAGAGUUAAUAUUAAAUUAG